AGAAAAUGAGACUCCUUUAGAUCCAAAAACAACCUGCUAUGGACAAAUCUGCUUUCUCCCUCUCUCUAUUCCUGUAAACCCGUGAAAGAAAACAAGCCAUUUAUCCUUUUUCGUCUCCCACUGCCAGAAACGCCAAAGCCAAAGUGCUCACAAAUAGGCCCGUGACGGCUCUCGUGAAAUUUCCUUUAAUAUAGAUAUAUUUACAUUCCAAUCAAAAUCAAACGCUGGAUCACCUCCCAUUGAAUUCCAAUACGUCAUCGCUAAUCACAAUCCAUCCAUUCAUCACGGCUACAAAUACCCACUACAACAAUGACACAACAUGCCCAUCACAAAAUACCCACAAGAUUCCCAUUCACCAACUCUGGUUUUCUUCCCAUUUCCAUGGCUUCUCUGCUCGCCCUCUCUGUUCUCACUCUCUUUCUUCUCCUCUCUUCCUCCUCUGCCAUCCCCAAUAACCACCGUCAUAAAUCAAAACCACCCUCACCGUCGUCUAUUUCUGCCCCACCUGAGAUUCUCCAGGCUUGUGAAGCCACCAGAUUCCCAGAUAUCUGCGCAUCAUCUUUUGCCGAUUCCAAACAUGUCCCUCCGAACCCAACUCCUUUCCAAAUCAUCCAGUCGGCGAUUUCUUUCUCCGCUACUAAUCUCCAAACUGCCCAAUCAAUGGUCAAGUCCAUUCUAGCCAACUCCGCCGGCAAUGUAAACCGCACGACCGCAGCUAAAAACUGCAUAGAACAACUCGGUAAUUCCGAGUAUCGUAUCUCAUCAACGUUCGAUGCUUUGCCACGUGGGAGGAAUAAGGAUGCGAGAGCUUGGAUGGGCGCGUCUCUGGUUUAUCAGUACGAUUGCUGGAACAAUUUCAAGUACGCAAACGACACGUCGCAGACCAACGAAACGAUGGCGUUUUUGAAUACACUGCAAAUGAUAACCAGCAAUGCUUUGAGCAUGCUUAUGGCUUACGACGUAUACGGGAACCAGACCACGUCGUGGACACCACCGAAGACGGAGGGGGACGGGUUUUGGGAGGGUUCCGGGUCGGGCGGUAAUCUGGGUUUACGCGGUGGGUUCCCGUCAAAGCUAACGGCGGACGUCACAGUUUGUAAAGAUGGAAGUGGCGGGUGUUAUAAAACGGUGCAGGAGGCUGUAGAUGCGGCGCCGGAUAACCAGGUGAGCAAAAAGUUUGUGGUGCAUAUAAAAGCAGGGGUUUAUAACGAAAUCGUUAGGAUUCCGUUGGAGAAGAAGAACGUUGUGUUUUUGGGAGAUGGGAUGGGCAAAACGGUCAUUACGGGAUCUUUGACUGUAGGUCAACCUGGUAUUUCCACUUACAACACGGCCACUGUUGCGGUUCUUGGCGAUGGAUUCAUGGCUAGUGGUAUCACGUUCCAGAAUGCAGCAGGACCUCCUACCCACCAAGCAGUGGCGUUUAGAUCAGACAGCGACCUAUCAUAUAUUGAGAACUGUGAAUUCCUAGGCAAUCAGGAUACUUUGUAUGCUCAUUCUCUUCGGCAAUUCUACAAAUCAUGUCGCAUUCAGGGCAAUGUGGAUUUCAUUUUUGGAAACUCAGCUGCAGUUUUUCAAGAUUGCCAAAUCUUAGUGAGUCCCAGGCAAGUAAAGCCCGAAAAAGGAGAAAAUAAUGCGGUCACAGCACACGGCAGGAUAGACCCUGCCCAACCAACUGGUUUUGUGUUUCAAAAUUGCUCCAUUAAUGGCACUCCAGAAUAUAUGGCAUUGUACAAUAGCAAACCUAAAGUUCACAAGAAUUACUUGGGGAGGCCUUGGAAGGAAUACUCGAGAGUUGUUUACAUAAAUUGUAACUUUGAAGCUCUUAUAACAGCACAAGGGUGGCUGCCUUGGAGUGGUGAUUUCGCACUGAAAACACUAUACUAUGGAGAAUAUAAGAAUUCUGGACCAGGAUCUAAUUUGUCUCAGAGAGUAACCUGGAGUAGUCAGAUUCCGGCAGAGCAUGUAAACGCUUAUUCAGUACAGAAUUUCAUUCAAGGAGAUGAGUGGAUGCUAACAUCUUCUUGAUUAUUGAAAAUUCGAUAUAAUAAUAUUAGUAGUAAUCUUGUAUAUUAACAUUAAUUGUAGCACUGUUAUAUGCCGCAUUACAAUUCUUGUUGCUUACAAAAUCAUCUAAUUUGAUAUUGAAUGUGAGGAUUGUUUACUGAA